AUGCUCGGAAGCGUCUCGUGGGAGAGCAUCGAGCCUCAAGAGGGUGUUUUCGAUUUCUCAGAACUCGACAAGGUCGUAUUGGGAGCCCGAAAGCAUGGUCUGCAUCUCGUCAUUCUUUGGUUUGGCUCUUACAAGAAUGGAAUGAGCAGCUAUGCCCCUGCUUGGGUGAAGAAAGACUAUAAGCGCUUUCCGCGGGUUCACAUCAAUGACGAAAACCUGCGCCUGAAGUCAAUUGAAGUACUCUCGCCACUUAGCCAAGCUACCUGGGAGGCCGAUGCUCGGGCCUUUACCGCCCUACUACGGCAUAUCAAGGAGGUAGACAAGAGCUUCAGCACCGUCAUGAUGGUUCAAGUUGAGAACGAGUGCGGCAUCUUGGGCGACUCCCAGGACCGAAACAAGCUGUACCCAGAAUUUGAAAGGAAAUUCCCCAACUUCCGCACGGCCGUGUCUGCUCGGGGGCCUAAGACGUGGGAACAUGCUUUUGGAAAAAGAGUUUUCGCUAAUGGGUUGCUCAUGGUGCGAGUAUAUGCCAACUUCUUGGGCAAGGUGGCCAAGGCUGGCAAGAAGGAGUAUCCGCUUCACAUGUUUGCCAACGUUUGGCUGAACACCGAUAGUGAGUCUAUAUUCGAUGGCCAUGAUCUCCCAGCGGCUAUUGGCAAAUCUAUGAUGGUUGGAGGAGGCACAAAGCCUGGUUUAUUUCCUUCUGGAGGUCCCUGCUCUCACACUAUGGAUAUCUACCGAUUCUGUGCCACAGAUUUGGACAUGCUGACGCCGGCAGCAAGAACCAUGGUUGCAGAAUGUGCAGUGUAUGCGAUUGAGGAGCCGGAGGAGCUAUUUUGA